CAUUUUCUAAUAAAUUAUUAUUUUUUAAAUAAAAUUUACCGCCCUCACCCUCACCGUCUACUUCCGAUACCGCCGCCGUCAACGCCAUCGUGUUCACCCGCCGCCGGUGCUGCUUCCCUACUUCCGUCCAAUCGCCUCUUCCUAUUUCAGGUAUUGAUAUAAUAAUUAAUAUUAAAAGAUCAAUAUGCAAAAGUCAAUGACAACCUUCUUGCGGUAUGGAAGGAGGAAAUACCAGCUGUUCUUUAUGAAGGAGAGACAACACCGGCCACUAUUAAAUGGUAUUGAAUUGCUAAAGGAUGCUCGACAAAACAAGUGCAAAGUAUCAACUGGAUGUGAAAGAAUCGAUGCUCUUCUGGAAGGCGGCCUCUGUGAGGGUCAUGUAACUGAGCUAGUUGGACCAUCAUCUUCGGGUAAAACUCAGGUUUGUCUCAAGUCUGCAUCACAUGUGGCAAGAAACUAUUCAGGCACCGUGAUGUAUUUUGACUCAGGAAACUCCUUUUCUGCAAAACGAAUUUCACAUUUUCUGAAGCAGCAGCCGUUAGAUCCUUCUAAUGCUGAGGGAGAUAAAGUCCUUCAACAGGUAAUGAAUCGUAUAGUAUGCCAUUCUGUAUACAACAUCUUUACUCUCCUGGAUAUGCUCAGUAAGUUGAUAAUCGAUUUGAAAUCUCAGAUUCAGCGCCAGGUGAGAAUGCUUAUCAUCGACUCUCUUUCAUCACUUAUAGCCCCAGUUCUUGGCGGCGGCGGUCCUCAUGGACAUGCCUUGAUGGUUACUACAGGAUUCUUGUUGAAGGAGAUUGCACACGAGCAUAACAUUUCCAUCCUGGUGACAAACCAUACGGUUGCUGGAGAAGGCGGCAGUUCAAAACCUGCAUUGGGAGAGAGCUGGAAAAGCAUUCCACACGUUAGGCUUCUGCUAUCCCCACACGAUGCAACAAGCAAUAGCUGUGUCUCAAUACUUAAACAUCCAUUUCUGCACAAGUUGCCACAGCCAAUGUAGGGAUCGACAAGCAUUGUAUGAGGCUUCUUCAUGCUCGGAAUCUCACCCAACCUAUUGAAUUUUGUGUCUGUAAGUUGAAGGUUAAUUUGCUUUAAUUCCGUCUUCUUUCCCCUAUUUUAGACUUUGCUUCCAUUGAAAUCGCAUGAAAUUGGGUAUUUGUGAAAAAAAAAAGUUGGGUAUUCAGUGAAAUUGUUACUUUGUAAUUGAAUAA